GCAAGGGAAAUAUUAUUAUGCCGGCUCUGCUUGACAUCCUAUACUCCUUACAUAUAUUUAAGAGAAGUAAAAGUGCUUUCGUCAAGAGUGAGAGUAAUGUAAAUGAAUUCUACUUCCCUGCAGAAGCAUUCAACUUUUCUCAAACAAACAGAAAAUCCUCUGUUAUCCUGAUCCAACGUCUGAAGAGAGAAAUAAAUGCCUUUAUGGCUUUUUUAGAGCAAUUAGACAAUAUUUAGCCAUCUACAAGGAAUCCAUACCAAAAGAUAUGCAGUAUUUUGAAAUAAUCUAAACUUGUGGAGAAUGAUUAAGAGUGCAAAGCCUGUCAUUCAAAAUAUUUCACAAGCGUUUGAGGAUUCCAAAGAGUCCUCAAGUGAGGUCUUUAUACAACAACUGUGGAGGCUCCUCCAAAGAAUUUUGAAUAAAUUUCCUUCUUUUCAAGGGGAUUUAGAAGAGAGUCUACUCCAUGACAUUAGAAUCAGCGUUCCAGACUACCCAAGCCAAGGGGAAAGAAGAUUGAUUCUAUUGAUAAGCAUGUUUGAUCCAAAGAGUUUAUUAUGGAAAUCAGAAGAGAUCUUAAGAACGUUGCUUAAAAGGUUUUAAGAGUUGUCUGACUUUCUUUGAUACCAAAGGGAGUCUUAUUAAAAGAAUUGAGCAAAGACACAUUGAAGUGAGUGACCAAAUGCACCAAGUUAAUCACAGUAAUGAAGCCGAUCAUGAGAUCUUAAUAGUUGCCAAAUUAAGAAGUACAACCUUGAAAACCUUUAAAGGAACUUUCAAAGAUUCAAAAUCUGAACUUUGUAAGGACAAACAGUAAAAAUCUUAGU